AUGGUGAUGAUAUUGGAUUUACGAUCUGAUACCUUUACGAAGCCGACGCCGGAGAUGAGGAAACUCAUGGCCGAAGCUGAAGUUGGCGACGAUGUUUUUGGAGAAGAUCCGACAGUGAAUCUUUUGCAAGAAACCGCUGCUCAAAUGACCGGAAAAGAAAAGGGCCUGUAUCUUGCUUCAACGACAAUGAGCAAUCUUUGCGGAAUCCUCGGAACUUGCUGGGAGCGUGGCGCGGAAAUCUUCAUUGGCGACAAAUCCCAUAUCGCGCUGUACGAGCAGGGAAAUGUUUCGCAAAUGGGAGGAGUCAUGGUCAGGACAGUGCCGAAUAACGAUGAUGGGAGCUUUGAUCUUGAUUAUCUUGAAACGCUGAUCCAUACCGUCGACGACCCUCAUUUUCCACGAGCAAAGGCGAUCGUCGUCGAAGUCACGCACAACAUGAUGGGUGGUUCUGUUCCGUCCCUCGAGUGGCUGUGCAAAGUUCGCGAGUUCGCAAACAAACACAAGCUCAGAGUUCAUAUGGACGGCGCCAGAGCUUUUAAUGCUCUUCAACAUCUGGGCAUUGGGAUCAAGGAAUUGUGCGCCUUUGCUGAUAGCGUUUCCAUCUGCACUUCAAAGGGCCUCGGUGCACCGGUCGGAUCUCUUCUUGUUUCUGACGCAGCCACGAUAAAGCGAUGUCACCGAGUACGAAAAGCUCUUGGCGGAGGAAUGCGCCAGGCGGGAAUUAUUGCAGCAGCAUCGCUCUAUGGACUCACAGAAAUGUCGAAAAGAAUUCAUGAAGAUACGGAGAACGCGAAAGCUUUGGCGAAUGUCGUUUCGAAGUUUGAUUUUGUCGAAAUCGAUGUAAAAAUGGUCCACUCAAAUAUCGUUCGAUUCAAGCUCAAAGGUCAUUCUCAGGAAGAAUUCAUCAAGCGAUGCGGAGAUGAUAGUGAAGGAGUUCAAGUGAAGAUUUUGAUUGUUUCCGGAGGCUUCAUUCGAGCUGUUUUCCACAAUGAUGCAAAAAGAGAAGCUGUUAAAAUUGGCCUCGCAAAAGUUGAAAAGCUCCUUUCUGAAAUGUCCAAAAAGCAAUAA